AUGCACUCGUUCUCCAUCUCCUCCCUCUCCCUUCCCGGCCGCGUCGCCGCGAGGCCCUCGGUCUCCAAGCGCGCCAAGCAAGCGCCGCGAGCCAAGCGCGUCGCCCCCGCGACCUGCCACGGUGGAGGAGGCAACUUCAACAACGGAUCCGGAUUUGGUGGAGGAUCCGGCGGAGGUUCCGGCGGAGGUUCGGGCGGGUCCGGCGGGGACGACUGCGACGACGACUGCCCCAUCGACUGGCGGUGGAAUCCCCGCGUGAACGCCCUCGCUCUCACCGUCGCGUCGGCCACCCUUUCGCACGCCCCCAACGCGCUCGCGGGGAAGAAGGGCGCCAAGCCGGAUCCCAAGGACCUCAUCGACAAGCUGGACUUCUCCGAGCUCACCAAGCUCUUCGGGACCGAGUUCGGCAUCUCCGGCGUCGUCGGCCUGGGGGUGGGCAUCCUCGGCAAGACCGUCGCCAAGUUCUCUGUCAUGAUCCUCGCCUCCGUCUACGCCUUCCUUCGAUGGCUGGAGUUGAACGACAUCAUCGACGUCAAGUGGAAGAACCUCGAGAGGCUGGUGGGCAAGACGUCCAAGAUUGUCCUGGACGUCAACAAAGACGGAAAGAUCGACGAGAAGGACCUCUACGCCGCGAAGGCCAAGGCGGUCGGAUUCCUAUCGUCCGCGGUGCCGUCCGCGGCGGGCCUCGGCGCGGGGAUCAUGCUCGGCCUCCGCAUCGGUUAA